GUCUCGGCGACGUCGCUCGGCGGGCAGUCGGACAAGAACGACGGUGUGGUUGCGAAGCCGGCGGGUGUGGUCGCGGCGCUGGCGGUGGGCGCGGUGGCGCUGUUGGCGAGCUGCUAAGCUCGGCAGGAUAAGUCAUGCGCGAGGAAGCUCUUCUUGCUCCCCAACCAUCCACCCCUCCCGUCAACCUGCGACUCCCACUCCUCCACCCACACAAUUUGGAAGUCUCGUGUCCCCGAUCCCACAAGUGUACAUCUAUUCCCCGUUCUUCCGCACCUAGCUGUCAUCCCCCGUUCUCCCCACCUGGCAUUUAUCCCCCGUUCUCCUACACCCACACCCAGAAACACACACGACCAUCUUCCUUCGUCGACUUGUAUUUUGCAUCUGCGCGGAUACCAGCAUAUAUAAUGAGCAGUGGCUGCGGACCUAUUGGACGAUCGCGGCGUGCUUUCCGUGCGCUCGGCGUACUUCCUAGCUAUCGGAUGUCCCUGCGUACGUGCUGGGCACACUUGCGUAGCUACCGUGGGCGCCUAUGUAUCUACCGUGGGCACCUGCGUACUAUCGGGUCUCCUCGCGUCCCUCGUCACGUAUCGGAUGUUCGCUGCGGACCUUUUGGACGAACGCUGCGGACGAUUAAUAUUGUAUUUAUAGCCGUUAAAGCUACGAUUCUUCUGCGACGUUUGUAGAUAGAUAGACGACUAUAUUAUACCUUGCCCAAGGCACGUAUAUCAU